AUGGCAAUCAAAUUGGAAAUAGUCUUCUUGAUGAAGGUUGCUUUAAACUUUUUUAGUCGUCAAACUUUGUACAGCUUUAUACAAGUUUCCAAAGUAUGUUUAUCUGCUUUAUGUUCAUUGAAAGUCAAUCCCGUUUUCAUGACCGAGUCUUCUGUUAUUUGGUUUUACAAACACUUUACACCUGAAACUAUUGAUUUUGGAUAUUAUGAGUUUACUUCUACUGAUCUUUUCACGCUUCCAAAACAACUUUACAACGUCGAUUUCACUUGUGCAUUUAAAAAUGGAUUGUGGACGACCGAAUUUGUUCGAAAAAUAUUUCCCAAAGUAGUUCGAUUGUCUUUGUUAUUUCCAAACCCCGAUGACGAUGAAUAUAUAUUAACUUUGGAGUGCAUAAAAUUUAUAACACAUCACACUAAAUAUUUGACAGCUUUAAAGUACUUGUACAUAGACUUUGAAUCGUUUAUUGACUUCAUUGCUGAUUACACGGAAAAUAAAAAGGAGAAGUACUUGAACCUGCCAGAGACAAUUGUCAUUAACAUGAGUGGAGGUAAACCAAUUGAGUUAAACACUGUUUUUAUCGACAAAUUAAAUUUGUUAGAACAAACACUUCUUGACAACGAAAAAAGCACUGUUUAUAUAACAAUCAGUCAUCACCCAAAAGACAAGGAAGUGCUUAAAUUAUUUAAGAAAACAACUUAUUAUUAUGCUACUUGUGUCUCAAAUAUGUGCGAGACACUGAGCGACCGAAUUCUAUGUGAUAAAGGAAGUGUCUGUAUUGAAGGUUUUGUUGCGACUUCAAUUAUUAACAAAAUCAUUGAAAACACAUACUCCACAAGUGUCGUUUAUAUACAUACAAAUAAAAUUAUGAAAACGACUUGGGUGCUUCCAAAAAGUGUUUCACAAUUAACUUUGCUUUCCAAAAAUGAAGAAGAAGCUAAAAUCAAUUUAAAAACGCAAGUUCUCAAUAUCAACUUUUCGUGCAUUAAAACACUAAAUAUUCUUUCACUUGUUAAAGUCAAAUUUGACAACCAAUUUCCGUGUUUAAAAAGCCUUUCAAUAACAAAUGCAGUUAAAAUUAUAUUCACUGAAAAAUGCGAAAUGGCUGCACUUGUUGAAAUCGAGUUGUGGAAUGUCAAUGAUACUUAUUUUAGUUGUAACCUCGACAAUUUAAAAACACUAUUUAUUUAUCAAGGAAAUCGAUUAACGUUUUCUAAGAAACUAAACAGUCUGAAAACGAUUACCGUCGUUGAAUCAAAUAAUGUCUCAUUACCAAAAAUCGAUUUUAAUAAUAAAGUAGUCCAUUUAAGCAAUUCUAAAGCUAUAAUUUUUAACGGAAUUAAUUCGUCUAUUUACCUUCGUAAAUAUUCCGAUAAAACAUAUAUUGAAACCAGUAUUGAAAAAAUUUUUGAAUUUCCAAUCCAAAUAAAAGAAAAGGGUCAGUGGAAAAUGUCCAAAUUUGUUUCAAUGAGUCCGCGUGUGGAAGUCGUUGGCAAUAAAAUAAAAAGGAAAAAAGAAGUUGAAAAAGAUAUGUACGAUAUGGUUGUUUCAUAUGGAUUUUUAAAUGGAAACAACUGCAAAUGUGAAAUGCAAUUUAUUGAUAAAAACGAUGUUAUUAAAACUAUUGCUAAUGUCAGAUAUUUUGAAAUUGAAUUGACUCGGAACAGUUAUAUUGCCGUUGGUAUAAUGAACGUGUUUGAACACAUUGUAUAUCAAAAUGUAAUGUUAGGGUGGCAACAAAUGAGUUGUGGAUAUCAUAGCGAUGAUGAAACCAUAUACAACAACGGCGAUCUUGAUGGAUAUGAUAGUAAAAUACGAUCCGGCAAAAAGACGGGAGAAACAGACGUUGUUGGUGUCGGCAUUGUUUUUAAUAUAAAGAAAAUGGCGUCUAAAUUCUUUUUCACUUGUAAUGGAAAUUAUGUGGUUUCACGUGAAUUUAAUGCAAACAGUGUUGCUACCGCCAUUUCAAUGAACGUAUUCAGCAAGAUAGUUAUAAACUAUGGAGAAAAGCCAUUCGAAUUUGAUUUAAAUACAUUGACAAACAAAGUUGUAGUAUAA